ACCCGCCGCUGCCUCCAGCUCUGGCUGGGGAGUGUGCGGGGGUAACUUACUCCUCUCCAUAACGGCGAGUGGGAGGCUCUCAAACCGCGGAACGUUUCGCUCGGCGAGCCUUCGUUGCACCCGGACGGGUUUUUCCCGGCCGUCGCAGUCGUCGAAAGGAGGCGGGACAGCGUUCACAUGGAGACCAUUCCGUUUUCCGGUUCGGAGGCGGAUGUUUGCGCAGGGACUUGACAGGCGGGAGUGGCUGCUGGUGAGCAAAGGCGUUCGAGGAGAGGGAGUGGGUAGUGCCGCGAAGAUACUCGGUACUGGGUGUAUGCUGGGAGCGUCGGAGGCCGAGGUCUUUCUACCUAGGUUCAGGAGCUGAACAGCUAAAGUUUGGGAGACAUGGAGCCUUAUCCAGACCUACAGGAAGAUCUGGAGGAUACUAAUGAAUCCCUUAACCAGCUGAAAUUGGCCUCUUUAGAUGAUAAGAACUGGCCACCAGAUGAAGUGCCUGUUUUCCCCAAACCAGAUGACACCAAGGGUUCUCCUGAUCCUGUCACUCACUUGCGGUGGGAUGACCCAUACUAUGACAUCGCUAGGCACCAGAUUGUGGAAGUGGCAGGGCAGGGUGCACUUCAUGGGGCUCGGUCAGGUGAUGACAAGUAUGGGCGGAAAGUAAUUUUGUUCAGUGCCUGUCGGAUGCCUCCCAGCCAUCAGCUUGAUCAUGUGAAACUAUUGAGCUACUUGAAGUACACAUUGGACCAGUAUGUGGAGAGUGACUACACUCUUGUGUAUCUGCACCAUGGCCUGACCAGUGAAAACAAACCAUCCCUGAGCUGGCUGCGGGAUGCCUACCGGGAAUUUGACCGCAAAUACAAAAAGAACAUUAAAGCAUUGUAUAUUGUGCAUCCAACCAUGUUCAUCAAGACACUGCUGAUUCUCUUCAAGCCCUUGAUCAGCUUUAAGUUUGGACGGAAGAUUUUCUAUGCAAACUACUUGAGUGACCUGGAGGAGCAUAUGAAGCUGGAGCAACUGGGGAUUCCAAGCCAAGUGCUAAAGUAUGAUGAGUAUCUGAGGUCAUUGCAAAAGCCCUCUGCAGUGCCUCAGAGGGUAACACCACCCCGCCCACCCCUGCCAAAUCAACAGUUUGGAGUCUCUCUUCAGCACUUAAGGGAGAAGAGCUCGGACCAAAAUCUGAUCCCAUUGGUGGUCAGAGAAACAAUUGCCUAUUUACAAGAGCAUGCUCUUAACACAGAGGGGAUUUUCCGGCGAUCAGCAAACACACAGACCGUCAGAGAGGUACAGCAAAAAUACAAUAUGGGACUUCCUGUGGACUUCUUGCAAUACGAGGAUGUGCACCUCCCUGCUGUGAUUCUCAAGACCUUCUUGCGGGACUUGCCUGAGCCACUCCUCACCUUUAGCUUCUACAGCGACGUGGUCAAUUUCUACAGUGUGGAGGAAGAAAAACGUGUGGAUAUUGUUCGCAAAACACUCCAGACUCUCCCAGAGGAAAACUACCAAGUUCUGUGUUCGUUGGUGACCUUCCUUGUGCAGGUUUCAGCUAACAGUGACAUCAACAAGAUGACCAAUACUAAUCUGGCAGUGGUUUUUGGCCCAAACCUGCUGUGGGCUAAAGAUGCAGCCAUAACACUCAAAGCCAUCAAUCCUAUCAACACCUUCACCAAGUUCCUGCUGGACAACCAGAGGGAGCUUUUCCAGAGCCUGGAGGCUUGACUCAGAUUCUGUCUCUGCCUAGCACACUAUGUGUCCACUGUGACCACCACUUUUCCUCUCCCUCCUUUUCCUUUCUACCUUGUCUUGGAGCCGUGGCCAAGUCUGGAGAAGCUCCAGAUGAAAAGCAGAGUGUAAAAGGGCUGUGGAGAUGGCACAGUUGAGUGUGUGAGUUGAGAGCGCGUGCGUGAGUGAGUGAGAGAGAAGUAGGUGGGAAGCUGGCCUCCCCAUCCCCGGAAAUGGUCUUGGCUGUUCUAUCUGGGAUGCCAGAGACCAGGCUGCUCUUAGGCUGUCAUUUCCUUGCUUUUCUUCCACAAACUGCUCUCAUCAAAAGGCUCUUUUUUGGACCCCAGCAGAAUCCUCACCUCUUGGUGCCUGUGUAACCUGGACUAAAAUUUGUUGUUGCAGCAGCCCUUGGGUAGGGGGGAAGUCAGUUUCAGGUUUUCUUCUUUGAUCCAAAUUGGUUCUUCACAUGUCCUCAGAUCAGGCUAGUCAGGCAGUUCUGUGUAUUCCCUAGUUUUGGAAGGCAGCAUCUGCAGUUGAGCACAACCUGCUUCUUACUCUUGAUGGAAAGGAUGACUCCUUAUUUCUGGGCCACAGUACCUUGCCAGAGAAGUUGGCACUGAUCUGGGAGUACCCAAACUGAAAGAGUUUGGUUUGUCCUUUUCAAGGAUCUCUAGUACUUGCUGUAGAUGCCAUUACCAUUUCCCUGAGAUGAAGUUCAUUGCCUCAGAUUUUAUGGAGCCUGUUUACUACUCGGAUGGUAAUUACCUUUUAUAAUGCCCUUUAGCAGAAAGACUCGACCAGCACGGUUUCUCCAAACCUGGUCUUGCCAGUAAGCUUUUCCUAUUUAACUGGGAACGUUUGUUUUCCCCUAAGUGAAUCAGUAAGGAUCAUGCAGGGGAUGUGUGCCCUGGUAGUAGUAGCUCCUUGAACUGCCAAAUCCCAGAUUCCACACUGCCCAUUCCUGUGACUGAAGCACGGUGUUGAUGCAGGCAAGCAUCUGUGUUCCUGGCUGUGUCUGCCAUUACACUGGGAUUAGAGCUUCCUCAAACAAAACCUGCUCACUGAAACCAAACCUCCUGCUGGAGCCUCCCUGCCUGGGUUAUUGGGCUCUGCUAGGGAGAGUCUCUUAAGUUGAGGGAGAGUGAGCUUUCUCAUGCAAGGAUCACUAUCUACCCGUUUGCACCUUGUUGGAUUGGUACAUUAUUCUCUAACAUUGCCAAAAUGGAUAUGAUGUACCCUGUUUCCUUGGCACUUGCAAAUAGCAUAGCGGUGCUCUUUCUCCAUCUGGAGAGGGGUGAUGCGGCCCCCACAGUAUGGCUGACUAGUUGCUCAUUCAUAUGAAUUAUUCGCCCUUCAGAUCGGGAAGUUGAGCCAGCCUGGCUUCUAAACCAGGCUUUGCUAUUGCCUGAAGCACAGAUGUUCUAAACCAAUCUUGUUUUUAUAAAAGAAUAGUUUCCUACUGGACCUGUAGUAGCCUCUACUUUUUAAUACAUUUUUGUCAGGAUACAUUUUCAUGAUAUCUUGCCGCCAUCUGUCUUACGGCUAUUUUUCUGUCCUCAGCCUAUAAAUUGACUCCAUGAAAUGGCAACAUUGGAGUUCACAGGAUUGUAUAGAAGUUGGCAAUGGCUCUUACAUAAACCCCAGAACCUUGUGCCGCCUUGUCUCAAGAAGGUUACAAGGAAAGUAGCAAGAAGGUAUUUUGUAAAAGUUUAAUUGGCUAAUGUGUUAAACUGAAGCAAGGUUUAAAUGAUCAAUGAGCACUAACGAAGGCACCAAUAUUAUGAAAAUCUAUAGCUGAGCUGUGUCUGGUUAAUUGGCUCCAGCUGUCUCCUUACAAAUUUUGGAAUAACUUGGAAAAAAAGGGAUUCCAAAAAUAAUCAGGAAUGCAUGGGAAUGGUAAAUCAAGACCAUGAAGUGCUGUGUGAGUGAGUAGGACACAGUCUUCAUUCUGCUAUCAGUCUGUGUAUUAGAAUAGGAGGUUGGUUUCAAGCCCAGAACGUAAUAUAGUGCUCUUGGUGAGAUGUCUGAUUUCCUAUUUAACUUUGUUUUCUUGGUGGUUAGAAGCCUGUGGGCCUGUUUGGGGUGCCUUGCUUGACAGCUGCUGUCUAAUCUGCCACUUGGCGGUUUACUGUGGUGAAUCUAGGCUUCAGUCUUGGGUCCUGUUGCAAGCUACAGGAUUGUUGGUUUGCCCUUAUUCAAGAUUCCCUGGUGGAAAGGAAGAACUGGUUUCCAUGGAAACAUACACUAGAAAAGUCGAGGCCCAGGGCUGCAGGUUCAGUUCUGUUCCCCCAACACUAACUUCUGGGCUGCUUUCAAGAUUUAGAGCAGAGCUAGUGCAGCCCGUGGAAAUGAGGCUCAGGUCAACAGGGCAUAAGCAGUGUGUCUUGGUAAAUGGCUGCCCAGUAACAUUGUUCAAAAUUCUACACGUUUCAGACUCUGGAGUAUGAUCUCUCCCCCCUCCCCCGCCCCGUCACAUUGCAGACCUCUGUAUUUCUAGGUACUGCACAUAAUGAGUGCAUUCACAGAGUCCUGGAAGUGAGCCAGUGUAAAUAGCUCUCUUAUUUUCACCACUCUGCUGGGGGUGCCAGGAAGCCUGGGGCAUGCACAUAACAGUGAUUGCUUUGCCUCUUCCCUCCCCCACCCCCAUCAUCCUUCUUUCUCCUCUGCCUUUUUCAAAUCUAUUACCACUGUGGCCAGGCUAUGAAGCCAUGUGCUGGACCGGCAACGUUCUGAGUCUUUGCCUGCGAAUUCGGGACUACAUUCCCUUCCACAUCUUGAUUGCUUCCAAGUGUGCACAGAUGUCUGGAUUAGAGUGGUGGUAGGCAACCAGACAGGCAGUUGGAAUCACUAGAGGACCAGCAUCUCAUGGGGCCAGUUGUGUUCUUCCCUUCUCUUCCUCUUAGUAGAAGCUGAUGGCUGGUUAGAUGGCCAUGGCUGUAUACUCUGUCCUGUGUCCCUCCAGUGGUACACUUACUUGCCCCCCCCCUUCUUGCUGCUUAGCUUCCAUGUUCUAUAUUGGCCACAGUACUUCUGUGGGUGGAGCCCUCUGUCUCCACUAUGUCCCUUGCUUGCCUGAUAAAAGCUCAUUGGUGUCUUGGUGUCCCCUGAACACAUUCUGUGCCCUUGACUCUAGCAGUCAGUCUUGUGUCUGUACUGGGAACAGUGCGUGUGGUUGAUGCAGCUGAUGCCGAGGCCAGCUGGAUGCCUUAUGGUAACUGUCUCUGACUCAGCAGAGGUCUUUGGCCAAAUGGUCCCUAGUUCUGUGCUCUAGCACUGGGACCCUUCUGCACUUGUUUACAGCUUUUGCUUUUUGUUGCUGUUAUCCCCUGCAUUUUUUUCAUUUUCAUGAUUGAUGUUUAUUGGGAUCAGGGCUGGGGUUUUUACUGUGACAUUAAUUCACAACCAUGUUUAUUUCCUUCUAAUUGGUACCAAUCUUGUAUUUCACAGUUUGCACUUUUUGUACUUCAAUAAAAACCCAAAGCCAA